AUGGCGGAGAGCUCAUUUGCGACGUUUCCACGAGUGAGCCUUGCGGCGCGGCGUCGCAAGAUCGCCAAGGCUUGCAACUUUUGCCGCGAACAUCGGGUGCGCUGCGAGGCCACGACGCCGUGUCCCCAAUGUGUCGCGAACGCUGUCCCCUGUCAUCGAUCUCGCCCAUCAAAUACGCCCCAAACGAAACGACAGACCCGGAGAGACAGUGGAAUUAUCAACUCCUCCCCAGCGGGGCACUUGGCCCCCACCAAGCCGCCGAACGACUCAACAGUAGAAGUCCCAGCACCGUCACCCUCGCCGACGUCAAAUCUGGCAUGGACUUCUCACAAAACAGAUUCAAUGCUGGGAUUCAUUGCCCGUAUCAAUGCCUUCUGCUCGGGAGUGUCGCAGCUAUCUCCCGAUACCACUCCGUCGGGCAGUAACUCGUCUCUAGAGCAGAUGUCGCCUUUCCCGUCUAGCACACUCCACGACACUCCGUUCGCCGAGUGUGACCUGUCCGCGGCUCAGAUCAGUCACCUCAUGAAGGUUUUUUGGUCUCGACUGCGGCCGCAAAUGCCCAUUGUCGAAUUGAAGGAUCUGGAAGGGUCUGGCCAAUCGGCGCGUGCUCCUUCGCCUUUGCAGGAUGCCGUCACAGCCUACUCUUUGCAUCACAUAUAUCAUUCGCAACUCCACACACGGCUCACUGGCCUCAACUGGCCACAAUUCCACCAAAGGAAAGCAAUGGUGGGAAUUCCCUACUUCCAACGCUGUCUCUCCGCCGUGACUCAAUUUGCUACGUUUGCCAGUCCAACAAUAUCCGUUAUGCAAUGUUACUGUUAUCUUUCUUUAUACCUGCUGGAUGCCGGGCAGCACCAAGCAGCCUACAACAUGGUGGGUCUGGCUCUCCGCAUCACCCAGUCGCUCAACUACAUGGAUGCACGAACCGGGUACUCGCAAUGUCAGCUGUUUCGCCGCAUCUGGUGGACAUUGAUUCAUCUAGAUUUCCGGUGCUCGAGACAUGUGGGCAAGCCGGUCAACAUUCAUGCGGAGAAUUUGAUGUCUUUGCUACCUACCAGAGAGCCGCGAGAUAUCUCUCACCCAGACGGAGUGUUAUAUCACACUGAAACCCUCCGCUUAACAGCUGCAGCGCUGGUCACUAACGAGGCUAUGGAUCGCCAUUCAUUUCUCCCCGGUGGAGCAGAGAAAACUACGGAUAUCGAGGCGAGAUCUCAGUGUCUCUCCGACCACCUCUUCCACUUGAAUAAAUGGCGCGAAGAUCUGCCCCCGGGGCGGCCUUUUGAUAGUAUACACUUCGACGUACCGGACAUACCGGUCGACCCUACUGCGUCGAUGAAUAGUUUUGACGCCCAAGACCAACUCAUGGAGCAGUCAGCAAUGGAUACUCUGUUGCAUACAAAGUUACUGCUACAAUAUCAUAACAUCAUCAUGAGUCUCCACCGGGUCUUCAUCCAGUUUCCCAGUCACCCACUCGUGCCGAAGUCCAAUCCAAAGGCCGACGCUCAUGCCGCGACCGCGCUCAACCACGCCUUAACCAUGAUCCGAAUUCUCCAUGACCGAUCAACAAUACAUGAGAUCUUACAUGGAGUAUCCGAGUUAUAUCAGCACCAGUGGAAUGCGGUGAUCACCAUAAUUGGAUUCAUGCUCGCAUAUCCAUACUGUCAUCGUUGUCCGCGCGCACGGGAGUACCUUCACCUUGCUCUAGAGGUGUUCAAUUCAGCCGGUAGCGAGAAUACGACUGCGAUCAGAGCUGCCUCUUUGACCCGUCAUCUAUGUACUAAAGUUGACACCCUGGUGCAAAUGCUGAAUCUCGGUCAACCAACGCCAGAGACAUCGUCAUCGUCUGUCCCGACUGGCGAGAACCAGAUCGCUCCGAAUACUGUUCCGGAAUCGACUUGGAAUAUUGAUCACAAUGACGGAGCUUCUUUGCCAGAUCUGAAUAAUGAAUCCCUUUGGUCCUGGGCGGACUUUAUCAAUAUGGAUGCUUGGCCUAGCUACUGUGACGAAGUUGGCGAGGCGUUCAUGGAUCCGGUAGAUUUUCUGACGCCGCAGUCAUGA